GCAGUGUCUAUUGUGUAACUGUUUGCAGCCCUCGAUAUCGAUGACUUCCUCAGUGUGUUGCCAAUUGAGGACACAUUUGUGACGAGGGCAGUUUGCUUUUGCGUGGGAGCUGUGUUGAGUGAGUUCGGCCAAGAUGCCUUUGUGACCUUCCCAGCUUUUGUUGAUUAGCAUAUCUGAGAGAGCAGGAUCGAUUGUCUGGAGUGAGUGAGAGAGAGAGAGAGUGUGUUUGUGCGUGCAAGCAAUUGAAAGAAAAGUACCAUUUCUCCUUUGGAACAAGGCAGUGAACUUCUUGAGACCGUUAAAACAAGAGCGGGGAAUUUACUGGCUAACUGCAAACACCAGAAGACUGAAGAAAACAAAUCCAUUGCUACUGUUCAACCUUGCAACAACGCAUAGAGGCAGCAGAUUGUUAACCCCUCCAGUGGUAUAGAUUAUUGCCUGUGAUAUGGAGUACGAUAGGAUAGGAUCGCCGGAUAUGCCUCGUUGGUCGGUUUACGAUGGAGAGGAGCACUGGCGCUUUAUGGAGAAACUGGAUGCCCGGAUCAGGAACCAUGACAGGGAGAUUGAGAAAAUGUGCAACUUCCAUUUCCAGGGAUUUGUGGACUCCAUCACAGAGCUGCUGAAAGUGCGAGGAGAGGCACAGAAGCUGAAGAUCCAGGUGACUGAUACCAACGAUAAGCUGCAGGAAUCGGGAAGGGAGUUAAUUAUGGAGAUGGAGGAACUGAAGAAGUGUCGCUCACAGCAGAGGAACAUUGCGGCCACAGUGGACCAGCUGACCCUGUGUCUGCCAGUUCUGGAGAUGUACAGUAAAUUACGGGAACAGAUGAAGACUAAAAGGCACUACCCUGCACUGAAGAUUAUGGAGUACAUGGAACACACGUUUUUGCCUCGGGUGAAUCCCUACCGCUUCUGCACUAUCAUGAUGGAGAACAUCCCCAGGUUGCGGGAGGAGAUUAAGGAAGUCUCCAUGUCCGACCUGAAGGACUUUCUGGAGAGCAUCCGCAAGCACUCGGACAAAAUCGGAGAGGCGGCAAUGAAGCAGGCACAUCAGCAGAGGAACCUGGACAAUGUUGUCUCUCAGCAGCACAAGACGGGAAGUGGGAAGAAACUGAAGAAAGAUGGCGGUACCGGCUUUGACGCGGAGGUGGAUAAAAUCAGCCCCAUGUCUGAGCAAGAUUCGGGAAUCCUGGAUGUCGAAGAUGAGGAGGAUGACGAAGAGGUACUAAAUGCCCAAGAUCUCGUGGACUUCUCCCCUGUGUACAGAUGUUUGCAUAUAUACACCGCACUGGGUGCCCAAGAUACAUUUGAGAGCUACUACAGGAAACAAAGGAAGAAACAAGCUCGCCUGGUACUUCAACCCCCGCCUAACAUGCAUGAAACGUUAGACGGCUACAGGCGGUAUUUUAAUCAAAUUGUAGGUUUCUUCGUGGUGGAAGAUCACAUAUUGCACACCACCCAGGGUCUGGUGAACAGAGCGUACAUUGAUCAGCUGUGGGAGCUAGCUGUUUCGAAAACCAUGUCAGCACUCCGGACUCAUUCAUCUUACUGCUCUGACCCCAACCUGGUCCUGGAUCUGAAGAACCUCCUGGUCCUCUUUGCCGACACUCUUCAGGGUUAUGGCUUCCCUGUUAGUCAGUACUUUGACUUGCUGCUAGAGAUCAGAGAUCAAUAUGGAGAAAUUCUGCUCAGGAAGUGGUCGGGAAUCUUCAGAUAUAUCUUAGAGUUGGACAACUACAGUGCAAUUCCUGUUUCGAAUGAAGAGGAGUUUAAGAAGGUGAUGGGUCAGUUUCCGUUUCACGAUGCCGACUUGGAAAACCAACCCUUCCCCAAGAAAUUCCCAUUCUCGGAAUUUGUGCCCAAGGUCUAUUCGCAAAUCAAAGAAUUUAUCUACGCCUGCCUCAAGUUUUCAGAAGAUCUUCAUUUGAGCUCAACAGAAGUAGACGACAUGAUCCGAAAAUCUACCAAUCUCCUGAUGACCAGGACUCUAAGCAACUGUUUACAAAAUGUCAUCAAGAAACAACAUGUGGGUCUUACUGAGCUCGUACAAAUUAUCAUCAACAUGACACACCUGGAGCGGUCCUGCAAGUUCCUGGAGGAAUUCAUCACCAACAUCACCAAUGUACCACCAGAAACUGUUCAUGCUACCAAGCUCUAUGGCACAGCAACCUUCAAGGAUGCUCGGCACGCUGCAGAGGAAGAGAUCUACACCAAGCUCAACCAGAAGAUUGACCAAUUCCUCCAGCUGGCGGACUACGACUGGAUGAGAUCAGAGUCCAAUGGACAUGCCAGCGAUUACUUAGUUGACCUCAUUGCCUUCCUGCGAAGUACGUUUGCUGUGUUCACCCACUUACCAGGCAAAGUGGCUCAGACAGCCUGCAUGUCCGCCUGUAAGCACCUCUCCACAUCCCUCCUCCAGCUGCUGCUCGAUAAUGAGGUCAAACAGAUCACCAUGGGUGCUCUGAAACAGUUCAACAUGGAUGUCAAAGAGUGCGAGCACUUUGCCAGAUCCGGACCAGUGCCUGGGUUCCAAGGUGACACACUGCUGUUGGCCUUCAUCGACUUGAGACAACUUCUGGACCUCUUCACCCAGUGGGACUGGUCAACGUACCUGGCCGAUUACGGGCAGCCCGGCUGCAAGUACUUGCGGGUGAACCCAACUACAGCGCUCACUCUGUUGGAGAAGAUGAGAGACACGAGCAGGAAGAACAACGUCUUUGCGCAGUUCCGCAAGAACGAACGGGACAAGCAGAAGCUCAUCGACACGGUGGCGAAGCAACUCAGGAGUCUGAUCAGCAGCAUGUCCCACCACUCUUGAAUCUCCACUCUGAGUCCCCCCUACCUCUCUCCGUCCAUACCCCUCCCUCCCUCCCUAUGCCUUAUCUGGACAUUAUGUUGGAUUCAGGGCAAUUCCCAUCCACAGAAGUGGAGACCAGUCCAUCGCUCAAAGGGCAACAAGUUCUUGGCGAAUUCUCUUCUGUUGCAUUGUGGGAAGUUGCAAUUUGCCUUUCAAUGCACGCGUGAAGGAAUAAGCAACUUCUCGGUUACUGAACUCCUUAGACAUGCACGGCGCUGUGGGACCUAUACGCAGACAGCAUGGGGUCAGAUAUACAGUGGAACGUUCUUUAUGUUCAAGAUUCAGGAUGCAAACUUAUUUAUCACGUGAACAUCGAAGCAUACAGUGAAAUGCAUCAUUUGCGUUAACCCCCAUCACACCCAAGGAUGUGCUGGUUGGGCAGCCCGCAAGUGCCGCCACACAUUCUGGCGCCAACAUAGCACGCUAACAACGUUUGGCAAAACAACACAGAACAGAACAAAACAGAACACGACAAGCAACAAAACAACAACAGCAAAAUAAACCCCAUUCCACCUCCCAUCCACGCACAUACACUGUCCUCCAGCUCCAGGUGAGGCCAUCUCCAGCCUCCAGCCUCCAGUGGACUCGGACUUGCAGACAUUGGGCCUUCAGCUUCCCCACAGGACCCACAGUGAUUUGUAGACUCACGCUCCGCCCAAGCAGCUUGACUUCUGGUCUUCCACUUUGACCCUCAGGCCUUGAUCCUUGACACUGUCCCUAGAACCUACCCGUCAUCAAACACUACAUUUCAAACUUUGGACUUACCAGUACUGGGACUUCGAACACUAGGCCUCAAACUCCUUUCUCACCAAUUCAUAAACCCAGAGAGUCAUCAGCCCUCAUUCUUCCAACCCACACAGAACUCCGACUCCAGAACCUGCCAAUGACUCACUGACUGGGGAUAGGCACCAGCCCUAGUUCUCACGGGUCUUCCAUCUGGAUAUCUGACCACCGAUGUCCCAUGUCCACAUUCCUAGCUUUCAAAUGCAGAGCAGAGGCCUGUACUCCUGCCUGAUCUCUAAUCUCCCCCACAUCCCUAUCUCUAAAUGCUAACCUUACUCCUAAUUCCCCAGAACCACCCCACAAACCCAUUCACCCAAUGAGGAUUGUAAAACAGGAUAUAUGACCAUAAGGUAUGGGAGCAGAAUUGGGCCAUUUGGCCCAUUGAGUCUGCUCCGCCAUUUCAUCAUGGCUGAUCUAUUUUCCCUCUCAGCCCCAAUUUCCUACCUUCUCCCCGUCAUGCCCUGACUAAUCAAAAAUCUAUCAGCCUCUGCCUUAAAUAUACCUAAUGACUUGGCAUCCGCAGCCGGCAGUAGAUUCACCACUCUCUGGCUAAACAAAUUCCUCCUCUUCUCCAUUCUAAAAGAACACCCUUCUAUUCUGCUGUGGUCUUAGACCCCACCCCCCUUCCAAAAUAGGAAACAUCCUCUCCACAGCCACGCCAUCAAGUCCUUUCAACAUUUGAUAGGUUUCAACAAGUCACCCCUCAUUCUUCUGAAUUCCAUGUGUACAAGCCCAGAGCUUUCAAACACUUAUCAUACGACAAGCCUUUCAAUCCCAGAAUCUUUUUAUCGUGAACCUCCUUUGAACCAUCUCCAGUUUCAGUACAUUAUUUCUAAGAUAAGGGGUCCAAAACUGCUCACAAAGUGAGGCCUCAACAAUGCUUUAUAAAACUUCAAUAUCAUAUUCUUGCUUUUAUAUUCUAGUCCUUUUGAAACGCAUGCUAGCAUGGCAUUUGCCUUCCUCACCACAGACUCAUCCUGCAAAUUAAUCAUAAGGGGAUCCUGCACAAAGACUCGCAAGUCCCUUUGCAUGUCAGUUUUUGUGUAUUUUCUCUCCAUUUAGAAAACAGUCUACCCUUUUAUUUCUUCUGCCAAAGCACAUGGUCAAACACUUCCCAACACUGUAUUCCAUCUGCCACUUCUUUGGCCAUUCUCCUUAUCUGUCUAAGACCUUCUGUAGCCUCUCUACUUCCUCAAAACUACCUGCCCUUCCAUCUAUUUUCAUAUCAUCCACAAUCUGGCCGCAAAGCUGUCAAUUCCAUCGUCCAAGUCACUGACAUGUAACGUAAAAAGAAUCUGUUGUGAUAUAGGCCCCUGUGGAACACCACUAGUCACUGGUAGCCAACCAGAAAAAGCUCCCUUUAUUCCCACUCUUUUUCCAAUCAGCCACUGCUUUAUCUAUGUUAGUAUCUUUCCUGUAAUACCAUGGGCUCUUAACUUGUUAAGCAGCCUCAUGUAUGGCACCUUGUCUUUUGAAAAUCCAAGUACACAAUAUACACUGAUUUGUUAUUUGCUUAUUGUUUCUUCAAAGAAUUCCUAAAGAUUUAUCAGGCAAGAUUUUCCCUUGAGGAAACCAUGCUGACUUUGGCCUAUUUUAUCAUGUGCCUCCAAGUACCCUGAAACUAUAUGCUUAACAAUCGACUGCAACAUCUCCCAAGCACUGAAAUCAGACUAAUUGGCCUAUAAUUUCCUUUCUUCUGCCUCUCUCCCUCCUUGAAGAGUAGAGUGAAAUUUGCAAUUUUCCAGGCCUCUGCAAUAAUGCCAGAAUCAAUUGAUUCUUGAAGGAUCAUUACUAAUACCUCCACAAUCUCUUCAGUCACCUUUUUCAGAACCCUGGGGUGUAUAUCAUUUGGUCCAGGUGACUUAUCUAUCUUAAUGAUCUUUCAGUUUCCCAAAAACCUCUCUCUAGUAAUGGCAACUUAACACACUUCCGCUCCCUGACACUCUUGAACUUCUGGCAUAUUACUUGUGUUUUCCACAGUGGUCUGAUGCAAAAUAUUUAUUCAUCUUAUCCACCAUUUCCUUGUUCCCCCAUUACUACCUCUCCAGCACCAUUUUCCAGCAGUCCAAUAUCCACUCUUGCCUCUCUUUUAUCCUUUAUGUGUCUGAAGAAACGUUUGGUAUCCUCUUUAAUACUAUUGGCUAGCUUACCAUCGUGUUCCACCUUUUCCUUCUAAAUGACUUUUUUAGUUGCCUUCUGCAACUAAAAGCAACCCAAUCCUCUAGCUUCCCACAAAUUUUUACUCUGUUAUAUGCCCUCCCUUUGGCUUUUAUGUUGGCUUUGACUUGUUAGCCCCAGUUGUGUCAUCUUGCCCUGAGAAUACAUCUUUCUCUUGGGAUGUAUAUAUCUUGCACCUUCCGAAUUGCUUCCAGAAAUUCCAGCCAUUGGUGCUCUGCCGUCAUCCCUGCCAGUGUCCUCUUCAAAUCAAUUCUGGUCAACUCCUCUCUCGUGCCUCUGUCAUUCCCUUGAUUUUGCUGUAGUACUGAUACAUCUAACUUGAGCUUCUCCUUCUCAAGUGACUGGGUGAAUUUGAUCAUACUGUGAUCACUUGUCCCUAAGGUCUCUAAUCAAAUCUGGUUCAUUGCACAACACCCAAUCCAGAAUAGCUGAUCCUCUAGUGGGCUCAACUCUGAGCUGCUCUAAAAAGCCAUCUCGUAAGCAUUCUAGAAAUUUCCCCUCUUGUGAUUCAGCAUCAACCUGAUUUUCCCAAUCUGCUUGCAUAUUGAAAUCCCCCAUGACUAUUGUAAUACUGCCCUUUUGGCAUGCAUUUUCUAUCUUCUGUUGUAAUUUGUAGACCACAUCCUUACUACUGUUUGAGGUCUGUAUAUAACUCCCUUCAGCAUUUUACCUUUGCAGUUUCUUUGCUCUACCCAUAACAACCCCAUGUCAUCUUUUUCUAAUGAUUUGAUUUCAUUUGUACCAACAGAGCCGUGCUACCCCUCUAUAUACCUGCCUGUCCUGUAUGUAAUUUUGGAUGUUAAGCUCCCAUCUGUAAUCUUCUUUCAGCCACGAUUCAGUGAUGCCCGAUCCAAGCUAAAGCAUUCAGUGGGACGGAUAACCAGACACUCACCUUGAACCGCACCCCGAAAGUUCCCAGAUCUAUCUGUCACUUCCCUGUCCUUAUCCUCUCUGCAAACCAGCCUCUAGUUGAUUCCAUCUGUCAAGUAAGAUUGGUUUUAAGUUUAAGGGUUAGUUGGGCAUCUUUUGACAGACACUUUUUAACAGACUGCUCCUCAGUGAAUCUUUGUCCACACCAGAAAUAUCUGCUGAAACUUAGUUCCUUCUGUCCUAGCCUGUUUCUGCUUAAUGGGUAAGUCAGAGACCUGGAGAGUACAGUCAGUGACACAGGGCGCUGGGAAAGAGGGGUCACUGAGGGACAGUGUGAGGCAGCUGGAUUAACAUCAGUGGGGAUACAGUCAGUGACAUGGCACUGGGGGAGAGGGGUCACUGAGGGACAGUGUGAGGGAACUGAAUUAACUUCAGUGGGGAUGCAGUCAGUGACACAAGGCACUGGAGGAGAGGGGUCACUGAGGGGCGGUGUGGGGGAGCUGGAUUAACGUCAGUGGGGAUACAGUCAGUGACACAAAGCACUGGAGGAGAGGGGUCACUGAGGGGCGGUGUGGGGGAGCUGGAUUAACGUCAGUGGGGAUACAGUCAGUGACACAAGGCACUGGAGGAGAGGGGUCACUGAGGGAUAUUGUGAGGGAACUGGAUUAGUAUCAGUGAGGACGCAGUGACAUAAGGCACUGGGUGAGAAGGGUCACAGGGAUAUUGUGAGGGAACUGGAUUAAUAUCAGUGGGGAUACAGUCAGUGACACAAGGCACUGCCGGAGAGGUUGGCAGAAGGGAUUUGUAGGUCAAAGUGCCUGUUCCUGUGCUGUGCCUCCAACCCCAGGACAACCUCUGGACUUCCAGUCCCUGGUGCAGACUUUGACAUUGGGCCUCCACCCUCUGGUCAAUUCACAUAUUUUCACUAUUUGGAGAUACAGCACAGGAACAGGUCCUUCCAGCCCAACUAGCUGCCCAGUUACACCCUUGUGACCAAUUAACCUGCUAACCAGUAUGUCUUUCCAACGUGGGUGGAAACUGGAGCAACACACCGUUUGGGGGGGUGGGUGCAAACAUACAAACUCCUUACAGAGAGAAGUGGGAACUCAACCCCAAUCGCUGAACACUGAUGCUGAUCGGAGGACAGGAUGCAGGAAUAAUCUAGUCCCCUUCAGCCCGCAUUUGUCUCAAAUUCCACUAAACCUGUGCAAUCUCUGUACCUGGCCAAGGGCCCUCAGGUCCCCUGCAAAUCCUCUCCUCAAACCUUUGUCCCCUGUAGUUUUGAACUAUCUGUUCUUUGGAAGAGACAGCAUCUGUCUGCCUUAUCUCUGGCUUCCACCCUGCGGGUUGUUGUUCAAAAGAGUCAAGGACCCCCCACCACUCCAUGGUGGGGGAGAUGGCAGCGCCCUUUGUAAGUACCUUCACCGUCACCACACUCUGAGAAGGCCAGUCUCCUUAAACAGUGAUAUUUUUGUUUGCUUCGUACCACUUUUCCUUUCAUAUACCUUUGGUGUGGGUACCAGACACUUCAACUGUUUUCACAGCAAGCACCGGGUUCUCAGUCGCCAAGGCAGAGUGGAGUGUCCAAACGCAGACUAGUAUGGACAUCAAGGACCCUCACUCUUCAGCCAAUGCCCUGCCCUUGCCAAAUCCUCAUCCCUCAGUCCACCCGACCUGCACAUCCCUCAGCUCCUUGCCUCCACUUCCCUCCAACAUUCCCUGAUCUCCCCUCCAUCUCUGUCCUCCCCAGGGGGAUGUCUGGUGUCUCUGAGCCCUGGUUCCAUGGUUCAGCUCUGAAUGUGAUGCCACCCCUGGUCCCAACAAUCUGCUCGCCAGUUUGUCCCUUUCAGCCAUCAAGGCGGCCAGCAAGAGCGGACCCCGGCAUGAUGAGGAGCCUUCAGGAGAAGCGGGGAGAGGCUGAAUGAAGCAAGGCUAUAGCUGAAUGCACUCCCCGUUCCUGACACAGCCACACUUCAUUGCCAGUAUUGCCAAGUAGGUCCAAGAUAAUGCUGCUUCUACAGAGAGAUUCACGUUGUUGUUUUCUGUAACUGUGUCUCGGAGAUUAUCAGCUUGAUUAUUGACUUCUGCUGCGACAUCUUGCUGUGGACACCUGACUGUGUCAGUAAGAACAAGGUAACCAGGAGAAUUAAAAUCUUCUCAAUGCUCGGAAUCGGGAAUUUGAAUGCAAAAGCAGAAAGUGGUGUGUUAAUGGUCAUAGUGUACCCAAAGUCUGAACGACCUGUAAUUCCAGUCACUCUGCACCAGUUCUCAAGGUGGUCAUUUGAUGAUCUCUUCCCACGUUUGGAAAUCCUACAGUCUUUGUAUCUCCAGUCACAGAGUCAUAGAACUCUACAGCGCAGAAGCAGAUUCUUCAGCCCAACUGUUAUUGUGCCUGAUCCCAUCCACCCGCACCCGGACUGCAGACCCCCAUACCCCUCCAUCCAUCUGCUUAUACAAGCUUCUCUUAAAUGUUGUAAUCGACCCCCCCAUCCACCACUAGCUCUGGUAGCUCGUUCCACACACACACCACCCUCUGAGUGAAGAAGUUUCCUCUCAGGUUCCCUUUAAACAUGGUGGAGCUUUCGUUAUAUUCAAGAUUUGGAUUUAUUUAUCACAUUGUACAUCGAAACAUACAGUGAAAUGCAUCGUCUGCGAUAACAAACCAAGGAGGUGCUCGGGGGGUGGGGGGCAGUCUGCAAGUGUCGCCACAUAAUCCGUUGCCAACGCAGCGUGCUCACCAUAUUCAGCAGAACAACACAAACAGGAGCUGAAACGAUAAAACUAAACAAAUCAGCACUCCCCUUCCCAUCCCUCCCACCUCCACUCUCUCACACACCUCCAGACCUCCGGUCCUUGUUCCUGAAUUCUCAGACUCACUGACAUCCGGCCUUCACUUGCAAGAUUGUCCUUCCCUUUCAUGCCGUUUACAGUGGGCCAGGUUGGGUGGAAAAUCAGGGCAAUGUGGUCUGAGGGGAGAGUCGAGCCACAAUUUUAAUCCUAGAAAAAGGGAAUAUCUAAGCACUCACAAAUUGUAUAUGUACAACGUCCAGCAGACACAUCGUAUCCUGGCCUACAAGCUAGGUUUACAGCGUAAAUAUUGUGUUUUCUGGAGAUCUGCUGACAUGUUACUAACUAUAAUCAUUGUAUUAUCUAGUGUCAUGUUGACCUCUGUAUGUAUGCCUCCCAGUGUAACAUAUGCCAGCCACACGGUGGCCAGUCCUUUUGUUAUUUUUCUAUGUUCGAUUCAUCGGAAAUUGAACAGGGUUUUAUUUUGCACAGACACAGUAUUUACAAAAAAAAAGGAUAAUGGGGGAAAUUAAGGUCUUCUUUGGUUGUUACCAAUAUACCAGAUACAAACAAUGCUGAGGGAAAUGACUUCCCUCAGUGUACAAUACGAAGGACUGAGAAAUAAAACUGAUUGUG